AUGCGAUUGCAAUUUGAAACAAAACCUAUCUCACAAGAAGAACUCGUCAACGAAGUGAAAGGAAUUUAUGCUGGCCUCGUUAUGGUCGAGAAGAAAUGUGUCGAGAUUUGCCAGCAGCAGUCCCAGACUACAAACAAGCUCUCCAAUGAGCAGUGGCAGGCAUUGAUUGCCUUGCACCGGACCCUGUUAUACCAGCAUCAUGAUUUCUUCUUGGCCAGUCAAUAUCCCACAGCGUCACCAGCGCUUCGACGGCUAUCAACAAAGUAUGCCAUGCCCGCCCGGAUGUGGAGACAUGGAAUUCACUCUUUUCUUGAGUUACUCCGCCAUCGACUGCCGUUCUCACUAGAGCAUAUGCUCAGCUUCGUCUAUCUCGCUUAUCAAAUGAUGAGUCUGUUGAUGGAAUCAGUGCCUACUUUUCAUGAAACAUGGAUAGAAUGCCUAGGAGACCUGGCUCGAUACCGGAUGGCCAUCGAAGAAUCUGAUAUGCGGGACCGAGAGAACUGGUCUAAUGUUGCCCGGAUGUGGUAUAAUCGUGCUGCCGAUCGCUCGGCUACGACCGGUCGUAUACAGCAUCACUUGGCCGUUUUAGCGAGACCGAAUGUGGUUCGUCAGCUGUUUUAUUAUUCCAAGGCACUGAUUAGCGGCAUCCCAUUUGUGAACGCUCGAGACUCGAUCAUGCUCUUAUUCUCUCCUUUCCUUGAUAAGUAUGAGACAACAAGUCAGAAGUACCUCAGGGUAGAAACUAGCCUGGUCACCGCGGCAGGUGUCCUCUUUACUCGUGGAUUUGUCCAUGAUUAUUGUUUACAUAUCAGUCAAUUUACAUCCGAGUUAGAUGGCACUAUCAACAGGACAGGAUCGAACUUCAAGAUACAAGGAGCAGAAAUGGCAUCGUCCCUCAUUGCCAUGAUUCUCGACUUCGGCUCUGACGAGAAUUUCCUGUGGAAAGCCCUUUGUGCGGACUCAAAGAACAAGCAGAGCCAAAAUGAAGAACAAUCAGACCAGCCCUCCGGCACAAACCCCUCUAAGGAUCCUGUGGCUAAAUCUCAAAUGCGCCGCAAAUUCUGGGAACAAGAUGGCCCUAUUAAUGUUCAAGACUUUGUCCAGGCUGCUACGCCACUUGGUGACAGACCAGGGGUUGAAUUCUCUUCUUCAGACGAAGUAACAUCAUACGUUCUACCUGUCUGGUACCAAUGCAUUUCCAUCGUUGCGGCCAAAGUCGGAGACAGGAACAUUCUCCCGUUCCUACACUUCACUCUGUCAUUUCUAUGGGGUCUAUCAGAUGUUCCAGAGACUCUUAUCUACCUCGAAAACUACGUUCCAUGGGACAAAUUGGUUUUAUCGUUAAACUCGAUGAGUAGAUCUGGUGUGGCUGACAAUGAAGUUGAGGCUCCAGGUUUUCCUCAACAACAGUCAGGCACAGGUCGUCAAUUACCAGAGGACUUCUUGAUACGUGGGUUUAAAUGGUCUCAUUAUCACUACUAUGCCCCCGAAUUUUUCGAGGAACAAGUGACAGACGAGGAUGACCGCACACUAGAGCUUCCAAGUCAUGCAGCAUCACGUGCAGAGAGGUGUCUGUGGCUUGGUGUGAGGCUUGCUUCGUUGAAACGCUAUAUCACCUAUGAUAGCAGCUCGAAACAAUUCUCCUGCACAGAAUUCACGCAAAAUUUGCGACCUAUUUCUCUUACCAAUACGUUCCAGGUCCCUGCCAGUCUUGAGAAUGGAGAAAACAUCUCCAUGGUAGAUGCCGUUAGGACUCUACUCUUAGAAUCUAUUGACCCCCAGGCAAUGUCCCUGGAGCUGUUCUUCUUGCUUCCGUCGGAUUAG